AUGAUUACUAGAAGCAAAAAUGGUAUUUCUAAACCUCAGUCUUUUACUGCUAUAACUGCUGAAUUAAUGGAUACUCCUACAACAUUUGCUGAAGCCAAUAAAUUACCUGUUUGGAGAACUGGUAUGUGUGAAGAAAUUGAUGCUCUAGUGCAAAAUGGAACUUGGGACUAUGUUCCAUAUAGACCAGGCAUGAAUGUAGUGGGGUGUAAAUGGGUCUUUAGAGUCAAGAAAAAGGCUGAUGGAACUGUUGAAAGAUGCAAAGACAGAUUAGUUUCUAAGGGCUACAACCAAGUUGAGGGCAUUGAUUAUCAAGAUACUUUCAUCCCUGUUGUCAAGCCUACCACAAUCGGACUUAUGAUUUCUGUUGCUCUGUUCAAAGGAUGGUCUAUAAGAAAAGUUGCAUGUCAAAAAUGCUUUUCUUCUUGGUUUUUUAAAUGA